UGGACGUUUAGCAAGACUCAGCACUCUAGUAACUUUGUAGCAUGUCUAUUAUACAAGUCCAGUCGAGUAAGUCGGGCGGGAGCUCGACUCUAGCCGACAGGACAGCGUUCUACGGGACACGGGUUCCUCCUGAAGUCAAGGCCAUGGUCAAGGAAUUAAAGAAGUUGGACAAGAAGACGUUCCGAAGUCUCCUCACAGUUGCUGUUUCGGCCCUUGAAGGUGCAGAUGUGGACACCAAGAGCUUCACUGACCUACAGACCAAUGGGAUGACAGAAGAUCUCAUUAGCAUAAUUUAUUCUGGGCUGCUCAGCACCUUGAGGUUGGCAUUGAGGUUACCCCAAACCUCCCUCAAACCUGAGCUCUUCAAGGAGGAUCUCAAGGAACUGAACAUUCCAGAAGAGUUUAUUGUGGACCUUGCCAGUGCUGUUUUUGGAGGAAAGAGGACCCACCUUGAUGCCUCUGCCCAGGACAGUAGAAGCCGACUUCCAACCCUGCAGAACUUCAGGUGGAGAGUAGAUGUUGGCAUAUCAACCAGUGCGCUGAAUCGUGUGUUAGAACCAACCAUUCUCAUGGAGAUGACCUUGAGCGAUGGAAGAAUACAAACUUUUGAGGUGCCUGUGUCCAAGUUCCACGAGUUGCGGUACAACGUUGCUCACGUGCUACGUGAAAUGGAGAGUCUGGAGAAGAGAAACGUGCUGAAGAUUCAAGACUAGGCAGCCAUGGCGGUAUACAUCACAAACCUCCAGAUAGAUUACAUGACAUUUGUAUUGUACAUUGUACAUCUUAUCAUAGGCAAUGCCAUUAACCACCAAUCUCAUGCCCGUAGCCAG